CUGACAUACGUGUGAAGAAGAAGGAAAAGAGAAAAAGUUUUUUUUUUUAAGAAAAAGAAACAAUAAAAAUUAAAUCUAAAGGAGGAUGUGGAUGCUCUGUUAGUAAAUUGCAUAUUUCCAUAGAUUGAUAAUAAUUAUCAGGGCAAAAUACGAGCAGAAACAAAAUGAAAUUCGGCUUAUUAGCCAUUGGUAUACUGCUGGUGGUGGUGCAGUCGACUCAAUGGGUGAAUGUGUGCGCUGCACUCCAAGGGCCCCAGGUACCACCAAACAAGGCCACUUCCGCUGGUAAAGAACAAACAGAGGAAGAUGGUUCAAAUACAUCGAGGCAGACGGAGAGCACGGCUGAAAGUACAGGUAGUGAAGAGGGUGGCUAUGAAAUACGCAGUAACCAGCGCAAAGCAUCUAAAUACUUUGAUAACCAAAUUGCUGCUAAGGCUGCACAAAUUGCUGAAAACAUUCAGGGGGCAGAAGCGGAUGGCAAGAACAAGUUGUUGAAAUUUGCCAUCUUCGAACGCCUAUGGAUUGAAGAAGUGGUGCGCAAGAAAUUACAGGCAGAGAUUGAGUUGUUGGAAGCGAGGCAGGAACCUCAGCAAGUUUUAGAUCCUACACCGGAGCAGAUAGAGGCCGAAAGCAUGUAUGAGAAUGCCAUGGAAAUGUUAUCCAAACCAAAUUCAGAUAAACGAGUGGCCUUUACUCUAAUCCGCAAAGCUGCAGAAAUGAAACAUAGCAAGGCAAGAGCAGAAUUGGCAUGGGCCAGAGUUCUAGGCCAUUAUAUGGAUUUUGAUUUUGAAUAUGCUGCAGCAGAAUUCGACGAUUUGGCUAAGGAGGGCUUGCCGGAAGCUAACAUGGGUCUUGCGUUCCUCUAUUCCGUUGGUGUUGGAGGCAAAAAUGUCAGUCAACCAUUGGCUUUAAUUCAUCUCACUCUGGCUGCUUUGGGUGAUCAUACAUAUGCUCAAAUGGCUCUGGGUUAUCGCUAUUCCUUUGGCAUUAAUGUUCCGGCCAGUUGUGAGAAAUCGCUCUCAUACUACAAGAAAGUUGCCAAGAAGGUGGCAUUAAAAGUGACAUUUGCCAGUGGGCCAUUGGUGCAUCGUGUAAGGCUUUUGGAUGAAUUGGAGAAUCCGGGCAGUCAAGAAACAGAAAUAGUAGACUACUAUCAACUAUUGGCUGACAAAGGCGAUGUGCAAUCACAAGUCGGCCUGGGCCAGUUAUAUUAUCAAGGCGGUAAAGCCAUACAGCAAGAUCAUCAAAAGGCCUUGGAGUAUUUUACACUGGCGGCCAAUGCUGGCAAUGCCAUAGGUUAUGCCUUCUUGGGUAAACUCUAUUUGGAAGGCAGUGAACAUAUCAAAGCUGAUAAUGAAACAGCAUUUAAGUAUUUUUCCAAGGCUGCCAAUUUGGGUGAUCCCGUGGGCCAAAGUGGUUUGGGUUUAAUGUAUUUGAAGGGUCUGGGUGUGCCCAAGGAUCCUUUGAAGGCUUUGAAUUACUUUACCAUGGCUGCCGAUCAAGGCUGGGUAGAUGGCCAGCUAAUGUUGGGAAAUAUGUAUUUUACUGGUAACGGAGUGAAGACUGAUUUUAAACUAGCCCUGAAGUAUUUCAACUUGGCUUCUCAAUCAGGCCAUGUUUUAGCAUAUUACAACUUGGGAUUCAUGCAUGCCUAUGGCAUUGGCAUGCUGCGUUCAUGUCCAGCUGCAGUGGAGUUCUUUAAAAAUGUCGCUGAACGUGGACGUUGGAGCACAAAUCUGAUGCAUGCCUAUGCUGACUAUAAGAACUAUCGCAUCAAUGAGGCCUAUAUGCAGUAUGCUCUAUUGGCAGAACUAGGCUAUGAAGUGGCUCAAUCGAAUGCUGCCUUUCUGCUUGAUCGUGGUGAUGUUUCCAUAUUCCAUGAUCGCAAUGAGGAGCUCAUUCGGGCUUUCUAUUACUGGAAACGUGCUGCUUCACAAGGCUAUUCAGCAGCCCAAGUGAAACUGGGCGAUUACUACUAUUAUGGCUGGGGUACAAAUAUUGAUUUCGAGACUGCCGCCGCCUUGUAUCGCAAAGCUUCGGAGCAACAAUAUAACGCACAAGCAAUGUUCAAUUUGGGCUAUAUGCAUGAGAAGGGGCUGGGCAUGAAAAAGGAUUGGCAUUUGGCCAAGCGUCUGUAUGAUUUGGCUGCGGUCACAAAUGCCGAUGCUAAGGUUCCUGUGGCCAUAGCCUUGCUGAAACUGCAAUUAUUGGCAAAAAUUGAAUCCAUUAAAGAGUCUCCUUAUAAAUUCAUAUUUUAUUUGGAUGAAAAUAUUGCUGCUAAUUGGGAUUUGUAUAUGAUUACAAUUUUGACACUGCUGCUGGGUUUCAUAAUGUAUACCAGACGUACACAAGAGCAGCGCCAGCAAAAUCAAGGCGAAAACAAUCAAGCAGCACAACCUGAAAAUGGCGAAGCAGCAACCAACCAUGAAAAUCCGCCUAAUAAUGAGAAUGAAAAUUCAGCUACCAAUACAGCGGCAGCAACAUCAUCUUCUACUAGUGGCAGCAGUACAGAUAAAACAUCACCGUCCUCCGCGCCUGCGUCAACUGCUGCAGAGACAUCUAGUUCUACGACAACAACCAGCAACGCAUCUACGAGCGCAACGACAACAACCACAACCACAAAAUCGACACUUACAAUACCUUCGGCUGUUUCAAACUCCACCGCUGAUCCCACGGAGUAGUAGUGAUAAUUAUCUUUUUUUUUAAUUUUUAUUUAUAAACAAACAAAUUGAUUGUUUAAUAUGCUUAGAAGAUAAAUGAAAACAAAAACAAAAACUAACUCAGCAUAUACAUUUACAUUUUCACAACAUAUUAAGUAGUCAAUCAUCUAUUUUCCUUGUUUGAAGAAUAAUUUGAAAAAUUCUUUACUACAUAUUUUUGUUUUUCUAUUAAUUUAGAACGAUGAACAUUUAUCUAUGUUGUCUGUACAUAUUAGUUUUUCUUACUUUCUUUUCCUUUGCAAUAUUCUUUUUAAUAAUAGGAUUUCUCUUAGCUUAGUGAUUUGUUCUUAGUUUGAAUGCAACAAUUUAGGAGGAGAGGAACGAGAUAAACACAAAAAAAAAAAACAAAAAUAAUGAAGCAAAAACAAUUUAUGUUUCGUUUGUAUAUUUUUUAUUGAUAAAUAAGAUUUAUAAUAAAAACAAAAAAACAUAAACAAA